AUGUCGGAUUCAAUUGUAUCAUCACUCAAUUUUGCUACUUCACAAACAUAUAUUUAUAUGGGCGUACCAUUUAUUAUUGGUGGAGUUAUUGGUGGAUUGCUCAAUAUUAUUAUUUUUCUUAGUCUACAAAUUUAUCGACAAAGUUCAAGUGCAUUUUAUUUAACUGUCGUAUCAAUUAUAAAUAUUGGUCAAUUAUUGACAGGUUUACUUUCAUAUGUUCUAGUCAAUAUAGUUGGUAUUGAUUGGAUAGAAUCAUCAGUAGUUUUGUGCAAAUUAAGAUAUACUGCUUUUCAAGCAUGUGGAAUUAUUUCGCCAACAUGUUUAUGUUUAGUAACAAUUGACCAAUUCUUAGCAAUAUCUACUCGUCUGCGAUGGCAACAAUGGAGUAAUAUUAAAAUUGCUCAUCGUUUAUUAUUUGCUUCGAUUACCUUUUGGCUUCUCUAUGGAAUUCCAUAUCUAUUCUAUUACAAUCCAACUGUAUCACCUUUCACAAAAAUAACAAGUUGUAUAAUAACCAAUGCUGUCUAUUCAAAAUAUAAUACUACUGUUCAUGUUCCUGUAUUCAUGUUUGUUCUUCCCCUUUGCAUUACAAUUAUUUUUGGUUCACUUGCUUAUCGUAGUGUUAGAGAUCUUGCUCAUCGAACAAUUCCGCUUGUUCGUCGUCGACAUGGAAUUCAACUAACAGUUAUGGUUCUUGUUCAAAUUAUUUUCAAUGCAUUUGCGACUACUCCUGUAUUUAUUACACGCAUUGUCGUAUCAAAUGUAAGUUUUAGUAAUGAUCCAAUUACUGCAGCUCAAAUACGAUUUGCUAUUGCUUUGACGACUUGUAUUUAUUAUUCAUAUUAUGCAAUUCCAUUCUAUAUUUAUAUAUGUGUGUCUGAUCGAUUUCGAAAACAACUUCGUUAUGUAAUAAUUGAUAUGCAUUUAAAUCGAUGGCGAAGAAUAAAAAGAAAUGACAUUGUACCUCAAAUUCAAAUAGUAUCGAGCAAUGAAAUAAAAGACGCAACUACGAAAGGCAUUGAACUUAUUCAAUAA